CAAAAGGCUGUACUUCCUUUUUCUGUCAGUUAUUCGUCAUGGUCUUAUGUUUAGAUAGGUCGUUCCUCAAUUUGACAGGAAAAGAAGAAGAGGAAAGAGUUCAUCAGAGUCUGUUCAGAUUUUUAAAGAAUAUUUGAAAUAUCAGAGAGGAAAAUGAAGCUGAUUUUCUUUCUUCUUGUCCUCUUGGAGAACGGAAUGAAUUCAACAGAAGGACUCCAAGUGACUUAUUCAACAGAUAGAGUUAUUUUAAAAUAUUCCUUUCACCCAGAUUAUUAUAGUUAUGAAAAAGCUUGCUGUAAGUUUGAUCAGUCAAAGUGCCAGCAGUUUGUGAAUAAUGGAGGACAAGUUGCCACCAUGUAUCAAGGAAGAAUAUUUAUCACUGAUUACAAUGGAGUAUUCAAAGUAAUAAUUAUAGGUCUAAGUGUAAUGGAUGCUGGCGUGUAUGGAUGUGGUUUCAGAGGGUUACCUGCCACCUAUGAAUAUGUUAAAAUUACAGUUUCUGAAUCCUCCUAUAAAGCCCUCCAGCAGACCAGCAGACCAGCAGUCUGGUCCACUUCUUCUCCCUCUCCACCCACUCUAUCUGAGGAUGAUGCAGAGAAACACAGCAGUGACAGCUGGAGAACAUCCUACAUGCUAGCUGCUGUUUUAAGUGUUCUGGUGUUUGCUGUCAUCUCAAUGACACUGAUUGUGUACCGUCUAAAGACCAGGAAGAAGAAAUCCACAGAUAAAAGUGAAAUUUGUGGUUCUCCUAACGCCACCCUGGAGCAGAAUGGCAUAAUCUACUCUAUGGUGGACUUUAAGCCGUACCAGGAUCCAUCUGAACUUUAUGCCAAUUUGCAGAUAUACAACCCAAAGGACACUGCUGCUUCUUCAAACUCUACAGUCACAGUAGAGGAAAGUGUAGAAUAUUCCACGAUUAUGAGAGCACCAGCGUAAACAUUUGCAAUAAUUGUGUUCUAUGUUUUCAUUGCUUUGGUUUGUUUUUGUUGUGGUUGCUUUUGUUUUCUUGAGGGAUUUUUUUAAAUAAGAUUUAACAAUAUUAUUAAUUCAACACUGAUACUGCAGAAGUAUUUCAUUCUUAAAAAUUUCAUUAUGAUGAUAAAUGCCUGAAAAUGUCUAGAAGUAAAAAAUUGUAACUCUUUACUCUAAAUCCACUUGGAUAUUUGACUCGCGUGGGUGAUUGACCAUGGAAACACAAAGGACGACAAUUCGUGAUGCAGUAAUUAUAACUGCAAUAAUUUUAUUUUGGAUGAACAGAGAAAGUUUCUAUUAUGAAAUUGUAGUUAGAUGUCGAAAAUCAGUGAAACCCAGAUUUUGCAAUCCUGUACUUCUUUAGGUAGCAACAGUUAGACCCAUCAAAAUCCAGAAAUAGUUUUGAGCGAGGCAACAUAAACAUGUGGUGACGCAUGUUUUGUGCAAUGCAUUACGUUAGUAUUGAAUAGGUUUUAAGGGACACUGGGUUAAUCAAGGCCACUCAAAUGAAUCAAGACUAGACCCUACCACCUUCCAUAAACCAUACCAAUAAAUUCAGCAAUGACAUUUCAUGGCACCCCUCCUUUGUCUUCAUCCAGCUCAUAGGCAGUUUGUUGACCUGUCUACAGCAGGUCUCAGAGGUGAAGAGAAUCCAUUGCAUUCGCUGCAGAUUUCAGAGGAACAAUCUUUCGUGUUAUUUUUGCAAAUUCUCUGAACUGAGACUCAGAUUGAACCAGUCAUACAGAAGUGUUAGAGACUGUUAAACAGAAGUGAAACUUUAAAAAGGAGAGUCAUAUAGUCAUCUUUUCAUCAUACAUCUUUAAUAGAAAAUCACUGUGUCUAGAUAGCCUGCUAAUUUAAUAUUGACCACCAUUCUCAAACUCAGUUGUAUUGACACCCUAACGCAUGGUGAACAAUGAUCAUUUAUUUUAUUUUCAAUAUUUUAUUAUUGCAUUUUAAUGUUUUGUAUUGAAAUUUUCUAAAUUAAUUUGGAAUAUUAAAAUAUUACAGCAUU